UCGGACGUUGGAGUGCCGGAGACUGCCUCCAGUCCGCUUUACGGACUUCUUUCCUCAGUAUAUAUGACGCCCGCAUGUGUGCUUGAUAGCCCCCCGCCUCCCCCCUCCAAAACAUUUCCAGCUGAAGUUAUCAGCAUAUAUUGUCAUUCAGAACCUAGUUAUCUCUUGUCAUCCCUGUGAUGCUGUGACUAUUGCUUUCUUCAUCCUCCAGCUCACUCUUCACUCACUGUGAUCCCAUCCAUCCACUCCAGACGAACCCGCCUCCUACAGUAUGGCGAAAAUCAACUCAGACAACCGGGUUCCGCCUGUCCCUCCAGUCCCCCCGGUCCCUCCUAUUCAUCACCCUCCCGUUCAGUUAAACGAGCACCCUCGUAUAGUAUCAAUCAACCCCCAAGAUCAAGCGAGUCCAGAAUACUUGAUCAACUCCAUGAACCGGCUCCAUGUACAGACCGAGAGGGCUUCCAACAAGAACACACAGAAGCCAGGAGGCAUAGCUGCCAUGAAUGACGUUGAUGCUGCCGCUCCCCUCUUCUACUUGGGGUAUACCUUCUUCAAGGCCACCCCCACCCCCGGGAAGAAGAGCACCUGGAGUCAAGUUGAGAGAGCGAAGAUGCACCUUAGCCAAUCAGACUUGAUGAACAUGGUGGUCAACCGGACCAAGAAGCUAUCCGUGGCCGAGCAAUACCAUUCUUUGUCCAAGGUGAAGCGGGCCCACGUCGACCAACUGAUUCACGAGCUUAGGGCCAGCGGUCCCCGAUUCGAAUGGACUUGCGUCUAUGUGAAGGAGGACGAGAAACCUGUUAGAGGCAAGAAUACUCGACGCGGUGAUUAUGAGACGGUCUCGUUAGAAGUUAUCAUCCGGAAGAAGGCUGCAAGUUUGGUAUAUCCGCAGGUUUCUGUCAAUGAACCUGUGGAGAGAAUAACCCCUACCGGAGACACCUUUCAAGCCCCUAGCAGCCAUACUCUGUUCAACAGGGAACCCAGGUUGAGUCAAACUGUUCCUCCAACCAAUCCAUUGGCCAGGCACGCAGGAUCUGCCAUCCCCCAGAGGCCUGCCGUCCAUCGAGGGUCUGCUGUUCCUCAAGGGCCUGCCGUGCAUCAGGAACCUGCCACCCAUCAAGGACCAGUGCCAGCAAGCAUGGCAGAUAUCCAGCAGCCACUGCCUUCCAGGCCAAAUCAUCAGCCUCCACCUCCUCCACCACAGCAUUCAUUCCCGACAGGAGUACAGCGGCCCAUCCCCCAGGAGCAAUGGGCGGCUUGGAUACAGCAGGGGAUGCCAGCUGUUGCGCACCCACAGUAUCGACAUUCUGCAGGAAUUCAAGAUUCUGCGGCCCCUAUUACAGAGCAUGAGAUGCAAAGGGGCAUCCCACAGAUGCCGACCAUGUGGAAUGAUCCUCGCGGAGCUUCUGUCACACAGGGUGUGGCUCACCGAGGUCCCAAUAUCCAUCUUCAACCCAGCCCGUUGAAGCCACCCGAGUUGCAUGAGCUAGGUAAGACCAGGGCUCAUACCCCUACGCAUCCUAAGCCUGAUCAUAUCAACGCAGCAAUGCCCGUCGCAGAGCCAGAGACAGACCUAGGCAUUGAGUCAAGUAGUGUGGGCGAUGGGGAGUCUGAGUUCGACUUUGACGACGAAAGUUCAAUGUCCGAGGGUUCGGAUGAGGGGUCAGAAGCCGAAGAGAACCCUCAACCUCAGCCAUGGCGAGGCAGUCUCUACCGUCGCCAUUCAGCCCCCAGCACCAAGCAGGUUUAUCGAACGCACUAUCGCAAACAGCCUCAGAAAGGCAAUUCAAAUCAGGGGACCGGUCGCAGUGGUUACCCUGCUGGUUCCAUUGAUGUGGUCCCUGCCAAGAGUAAUCACAACGACCCUAGGGUCAUUCUCAGCCGAGAAGUUACACGGCCGGCCCGAGAUCGGCCCAAGAUUAUCCAGGCGCCUGUUCCUCCCGAGGGGUUAGACAUGAAGCAACUGGUCGAGGAGAGAAUUGGCCGCUAUGAUGGCGGACGGAUGCGAAACGAUAUUCGAACCCGGAUGUUGGACGAUCGGGAGGCGCGACUGGAGCAUCGCGAGAGACUAUUAGACCUCAAAGCGCGGGUCCUGGAGGAGGAGUGGGACAGUACAUGUUACCUGCCCCGACGCAUGUCCCUCCGUGACUCAGGGUCGUUUUAUGCCCGACGAUAUCGUCCGUUGGACGAUCUUCGCUGAGUUCCUCCCUUUAAUUAUGUACUCAUGUGAUUCUUGAUUGUUAUGGUGAAUCGGGGGUUUUUUUUCUCCGGUUAAGUUCUCCGUUUAAUUUUCGGGCGUUUCCUCGGGUGAAGGGGAGGUGUGGGUAUGCUAUAACGUCAUUGCAGCGGGUGUGUGUUUUGGAGGUUGGCAGAGAAGUCGUAGUAGUUUCAACACCAAUUUAGUUUGAUGGAUACACCUGAAAUCAAUUG